CAACGCGUCAAAUUUGAACGAGCGGCCAUUUUCAGUUCUUGUGCAUAAAACACUUGUACGUUGCUCUCUCCAUCAUUUUAUUUUUUUAUGGUGAACCGAGAAUUUUAAGUUGUGCCUGACGAUCGCAUCCGCACCUCAACAGAUAUACCGGCUGCUAUUUCAAACGUCAAAUUCGACAGAGAGUUUGAUAUCCUUACGCCAUCGAAGUCCAAAAAGCACGCAACAAUUUCUCAACCACAACAUCCAACCUCUCCUCCGAUUGAUGAAUUGCUUAUCGUACAAGAGCAUAUAUUUAAGCUAGAUCUCGUCUCUCUUUAUUUUAUAUUCGCAUAAAUGCCAGUACGAGCGGCAGCGACCAGGGCGGCAAAUGCCGUUCAAAGACAAUCAAAGCGCGUUCCACAAGGAGGAGGUCGAUCAAGACGUGGAGGAUUGGAAAAGUUUGAAGAGGGUGAGGAGGAAGAAGAAACUUUUGAAGAUCAAGACGACGAUCAUUCAGUCACAAUGCAGCGAUCUCAAAAAGCACGAGAUGAUGAUGACGAGGAGGAUGACGAUAUUGUAGCAGAUUCUGAACAAAGGGAAGAGGAAGAUGUGAAACCCAUUCCAUCCUCUUCGCGUACACAACCUACGCGUACCUCUAAAUACGUCCUUGUUUCUGAUCAUGGACAGACAUUCCUCGCUCCAGCCAGUAGAGCAUCCAGCUACAGAACACUUCCACAACAGAAACCACAACGAGAAGAAGGUUUGGAGGUGGAUGGAGUAGGCACAGCUGAUGAAGAAGAUGACUCUGCUGCACAAACACCAAUGCCAGUAGAUGACGAGAGCGGAACGAGUACGCCAAAUCUACAACAGAAAAAGAAGAAUUUGAUCAAGAUCCCACUCAAAAGAGGUCGUGGAAGACCUCCAAAGAUACGUCCACGCGGUAGAAUAGUGGAAGAAUCAGAGGAGCCCGAAGGUGAUGAUGGCGUAAACACACCAAAUGAAAAUGGCAGUGUUGCACCUGACGACACAGAGGCAAACACACCUGCAGCCGAAGGCGAUGAAGAUGCAGAGGGCGGAGUGGAUGCAGACUUCGCGACCCGACAAAGUGUGUAUAUUGAAGGACGCCAAUAUGCAUGUGUGGAUGAUGAACUGCAAAUUGAUGAAGAUGAGGCAGGAAACACAAAGAUUGACGCUCGUGGUCAAUUACUUGGAGGACGUAAAUUCACUUUUCCCGUCUUUCAAUCUCCAGAGCGACCUGAUCCACUCAAAUGGUAUGCUCUCAGUAUUGACGCAGCUCGUGCAGCAGGACAUCGAGAUUCGUUCUUCUUCUAUCGCAAGAAUCCACUUUUGGUCAAGCUUGCAUGCACAGAUCAAGAAAAGGCUUGGUUGAUUGAAAACAAACGUUUGCCAGCACAUUUACGUUCCCGAAGUGUGAAUAUGGUCGCUGCUCGCAAUAUUUAUAAGUUGCAUGGUGCUUAUAUCAUCUCUGGUGGAAAGCAUGUAACGGAUGAUUAUUAUGAAAAAGCAGCACGGGAAGCAGGAAAGAUUGAAGGUGAGCCGGCAACUGACGCACAGGAAGAAGAAUUUUCAAGUGGUGGUGGAUUGGGUAAUUCGAUCGCUAAUACCAAUGUUGGAUUGCAACCUAUUCGUCCUAUGGAAAAGUCAAGACCGGCUGAACGAGAUAAUAAGAGAAGAAGGCCAGACGCUUUCACUCAUGCUACAACGGAUCUACAUGGAAACCCUUGGUUUACUAGCUUUGGCGAUUCGGGCGAAGCGCCCUUUGAACGUGCAAAAGCUUGGCCUGCAAGAAGGCAAAAUACGCAAAGGGCAGAACUGAACGAAGGAAAUUGGAUGAUCGAAAUGGCAAGAAGUGUACGUGGAAUGAAUCGAGAGUUACUCAUGAGUCAUGCAGAGAGAUUACGUGCGUUUGGUCGUCCAUUUGAAGCUAUUGAAGGUCUUCCGGAAGAUGAGGAAGAGGAAGAAGCAGAAAUCAAACAGAAGCAAAAUGAGGCAGAAGGAGAGGCGGACGAGAGUGGCGAUGUCAAAUCUGGCGCAGAAGAAGAGGAAAUAGUUGCAGAUACGAGCAGUACAACUGCACCGGCCAACAAGAAACGUAAAUCAGCUUCAAGUGCACAUCUACCAAUCGGUCUUUAUGAACCUUUAACCAACUUGCCUCAUUAUCCAAUCACUACACAAUCGCGUUGGGCCAACUUUGAACGUAUUCACGAGCGUCCAAUAAUUGGCAGUAGGCCCGUUUUGAACGGGUCUCAUGAUGAUAAACCGUUCACAAAUGGAAUCAACAACGUCAAGAGUGAGAUUGAAGGUGAUACAAGUAUGGCAGAUGUAAGUGCAGAUAGUGAAGAUGCACCGCAUGGCGUUCAAAAUGGAAAGACGACAAUCAAAGCAGAGAAGAAAGGUCCCAUUUUGGGAGGUGGAAAGGUGGGAAGUUAUGCUUGGGGCGUUGCAUCGAUCGAACAACGUGUUCAACUUCCUCAACCACGUCAAGGUCACGAUGUACGUGUUUCAGCCCGUGCUUCUGCAAGUGAGAUGGAUAUGUGAUCGAGGAAGAAGAGGAGAGCAUGCAUUCAUUGCUUAUGUCUGAUUCUAUUCAUUAUUGUAUCCUUUCCUUUGUUAAAAAGUGUAUACUACUCAUGUAUUGCAGGUCAAAUAUCAUUACAUCG